AUGUAACUAAUCAAAUAUAUAACAUUACUCGCUCUUUUCUCAUCAUCAGUGCUCCUUCAUUCAAAGGAUGAGUGGAAGUCAAGAACUAUCUAUCAAUUGAUUACUGAUAGAUUCUGGAGAACUGAUGGUUCUACAGCUGGAUGUGCAGAUAUUCAUAAAUACUGCGGAGGCACCUGGAAAGGUAUUGAGGACCAGCUUGAUUAUAUAAAAAACAUGGGCUUCGAUGCAAUCUGGAUCUCUCCGAUGCCUGAGAAUUAUGGUGAUGACUAUCACGGCUAUGCAGCUCUUAAUUGGUACAAUCCUAACCCACAUUUCGGUGAUGCUAACUCUCUAAAAUCAAUGAUCAACACUGCUCACUCCAAAGGAAUUUGGGUAAUGCUUGAUGUGGUUGCUAAUCAUGUAGCCUAUAUUGACACUGAUUACGGUAAAGUAACCCCAUUCAACGAUGGCUCACACUAUCAUACUAAAUGCUAGAUCAAUAACUGGGGAGAUGCAAAUGAAGUCGAGUACUGUAGACUCUCAAAUCUUCCAGAUCUUAACCAAGAUAACUAAUUUGUUAGAGACACUCUAAAGAAGUGGGUUAAGGAUACAGUCUCAGAAUACAACUUUGACGGUAUCAGAGUAGACACAGUCCCUCAUGUGAAAGUUCCAUUCUGGAAGGAGUACUCUCAAGCAGCUGGAGUCUUCUCCAUCGGAGAGGCUUUGAAUGGAGACAUUGGCUAUGUUUCAAACUUCGCUAACAAUGCACUUGAUGCUACCCUAAACUAUCCCUUGUACUUCACUAUGAAAAAUGUUUUCAAUUACAAGCAAAGUAUGUACCAAAUUAGAACCACCCUUAACGGUGAAAAAAAUGCCUUCCAUGACAUGGAUGCUCUCGGAGUAUUCGUUGACAAUCACGACAACCCAAGAUUCCUAAGUAUGACCUAUUCAAUUCCCCUAUUUAAGUCUGCCUUAACCUUUGCUCUCUUCGCUUAGGGAAUCCCUAUUGUUUAUUAUGGAAGUGAAUAAGGGUAUGCUGGUGGAGCUGAUCCUAAUAACAGAGAGACUCUUUGGAAUACCAUGAAUCCUAACUCUGAGCUCUAUAAGUACCUCUAAACUGUUGUUAGCGUAAGAAAGUCUCACUAAGUAUGGAAGGAACAACAUGUCGAGAGAUACGUAAAUGACAAAUUCUACGCUUUCUCAAGAGGCCAAGUACUAGUUGCACUUACUAAUGAUGACCAAGGCACUCAAAGUAUUCUGGUAAGCUAUCACCCAUUUUCAGCUGGACAAACAGUCUGCAACAAACUUAAGCAAAAUGACUGCACCUAAGUUGGCAACAAUGGCGUUCAAAUCACUUUGCAAGGAGGGGAAGCUAAGAUCUAUGUCCCAGCUAAUAGUGAAACAGAGCAAGUUGCCCAAGAUUUCCUUGCUUUUGAAUGA